GUUAUAAUUAUAUUUAAAUUAUAACUCUGCAGUGGUCUGCACUACACUGAAUCUGAAGAAGACUCUGACUGAAAAUGUUGUGCUUUCCCAAGACGGUCUUAUGAAGAGGAUGGUCAGGAUUUGAUUUAUGAAAAGCACAGCUGAGAUCCUGAGGUUCCCAAACCAGAAACCUUGACAUUCAAACUGGAUGUAAACCUGGAAAAUUCAGAAAAAUACAUCGUUUAAUUUUGAGUUGUGGCAAGUGAAUCAUAAAAUACUUCAGGAAGUAGAUGACAGGUGUUUUUGAUUAUUUUUCCUCAUCUUUAGGAGCUGCAGGAGCUUGGUGGGUUGAAAAAAAUCACUGUCCAGCUUCCUGAAUGGCCGGUGAGCGACGACACAGUUCUGCAUCUUGCAACAGCUGAAGCUCUGAUAACAGGAAAGACCGAGGAGCAGCUUCUGGAUGAAGUGGCGUUUUGUUAUGUGAAGGGGAUGAAAGACAUGAGUGGAAGAGCUCCUGGACAUACAACCGUUUUUAAUGUUGACAGACUGAAGCCUGGACAGAAAGGGGGCUGCAGAGUGCCGUAUAACAGCCGGGGUGCCGGCUGUGGAGCGGCCAUGAGGGCCAUGUGCAUCGGCCUGAGGUAUCCAAACCCUGGCCAGCUUCCUUCUCUGGUGUUUGUCGCCGUGGAGACGGGCAGGAUGACUCACCAUCACCCAAUCGGUUUCCUGGGAUCCGUUGCGUCGGCGCUUUUCGCCUCCUACGCCAUCCAGCGGCGGCCGCUUGAAUCCUGGGGUGUGGGUCUGCUGGAAGAGGCCUGUCCCAUAGCCAAGAAGGUUAUUACAGACAGCGGCUUCGCUGUGGAGGAGAAUCUGAAGGAUUGGGACUCCUUCUCCAAGCACUGGAAGCGGUACCUGGAUCUGCGGGGAAUCUCUGACGGAAAGGGGCCGGUGACCUGGCCCGACCCCUACGGUGUGGCUGAGAGGGAUAAGGCCUAUACGAGCUUCAGUCUGUCUGGCUGGGGGGGAUCCUGUGGCCACGAUGCUCCCAUGAUAGCACUGGAUGCCUUACUGGGCGCCGGUUCAGACUGGGAGGAGCUGAUGAACAGAGCUGCUUUCCAUGGAGGUGACAACGACAGCACAGCGGUGAUCGCCUGCUGCUGCUGGGGUCUUCUCUACGGCACCAAAGGGGUUCCUAAAUGCAACUACUCCAAACUGGAAUACCGGGAUCGUCUGGAGCACUGCGCUAAGAAGCUUUACGCUUUAUCCCACUAAAAACACAUGUUUCUAUUCUAUCUCUAUUUUUGGUGCCUUAAAUCAGUUCUGAAGUGGUAGAUAUCUGAAGUCUAUAAAAAUAUAUACAAUAUAAAAAUAGUAAAUGUAUUAUGCUCUGAUUGUAUGGGGAUGAUUAGGUAUAGGUUAUGUACUAUAUAAAUCAAAGCUUCUACAUGUGAAGAAAUGUGUCAUAACCACUACAAAAAAACCCACACCACUGAUUUUAUUUUCCUCUGGAUUCAUAAAUGAGUUCAGAUGUUUGAAGCAGAAACCAGAACCACUUAAUCUGUGAUCAACUCAGUCAGAAUCUCCUCAGCGUUAACGUAUCGCUCCACCAGAGGGCGCUGAGCUGUGAUGGGAAAUGAAAAAACAGAUUAAAGAUUUUCAGAAAUGCUUACUUGGACGUUGAUUGUGCCAUUUAAGAAACUGUCGUAAUGUUUUCACUCCUCGCUGUCCUGAGAAACCGAGGAAGAGGAAUGCAGCAUGAAUGUUUGAAAUAUGGUUUAAAAAUUUUACUUAUGUUUUGCCUCAUGAUGGUCAAAUUUAAAGAGAGUUUGGGGCAUAUAAAGUGAAUUAUCCAGUGUGGGGGGAUUAGCUUAGAGACCUAGUAAACCGGGACCCUUGAAAGUUCAGUCUGCCUGUAAUGAACCAUUGUCAGGAAGUGACCGAUUGUGUUUAAAAACUGAAACUAUAAACAUUUAAAUUCUAGCAGCUUGCACAAAGACCAGAAAUAUUUAAUCUGCACUGUUUAUUUUUAGUUUAGAAAUGCUUUCAAAUAAGUAAUUCACCUAAAAAUAUUUUUUAUAUAUAUUUUGUUUUGUUCUACAAACUUUUGUUGGCUUUUUCAGCUCUACGAUACAUUAACAAUUGAAAGCUUAUUCCUAACUAAUUAAGAUUAGUGAUAUAAUUUAUAGCUAAAAUUUACCUUAGAAAUUAAAUCUAUGGAAAUGGAAAUGACCUCAAUAUUAACAUUAUUUUUUUUAUAAUUUCACUCCGUUACUAUCACUUUUUUCACAUGCUGUUGCUGCUUUCUGCUCUUGUUGUUUUAAUGAUGCUGCUGAUUUUUUUAUACUGACUUUAUUUUUUUACGAUGCUGAGAGACGCCCAUGACUUUUAGACCAACUCUUGUGCAUUCACUCUAACACUGUAUCUGGGGCAAAAUUAUCUUCAUUUGCCUUGAUAUAAACUCAAACAGCUGGGAAUUAAUCAUGAAGAACCUUGUUAUCCUGUAGUGAUAAUUGACUGUUGUAUUGCAUCGGCCAAAUGGCUGCAAAAAUAUCUUUCAGUCGGAUUGACUAAACCUUUCAGAAUGACUGCCAGAUUGGCUCUGAGGGACGAAAGAUGGGAAUGUAUAAAAGCUACAUGAAUACCAGUGAAGUGUUGACAGGAUGGAAGAAUUUUUGUUCUAUGCAAAUAAACUGAAUUCAACUCCCU